AUGGGUCACAAUAGCGAUGGUGAAGAUGAAUUACUGCUUGACGAAGAAGAUCAGAGGCUUCUCACACCGGAUGAUGACCAAGCGGUUUUGGAUGUUGGAAUUGAAGAUACGACUUAUCAACCUCAGGAUUCAACAAGCGCAUCAAAAAAGCCUUCAACGUCUACAGGAUUAUCUGUCAGCGAUUUCCAGGUACUAGUUGAGCAUUUAGUGGUAGAAGUAGUUCGAUACGCACAUCAAAAUGGACGGGAAUUCACCACAGAAAGUGAUGAAAUGAAUGUAUUUCUUGGCAUGAAUUUGGUUAUGGGGUAUCAUAUCUUGCCAUCAUUGAGGGAUUAUUGGUCUACAGAACCUAACAUGGGCGUAUCUUUCAUAGCCAAUGUAAUGUUAAGAGUUCGAUUUGAAGACAUACGGAGGAACUUUCAUUUUUCCAACAAUGAAGAAGACAGAGACCCAAAUACCCCAAAUUAUGACAGAACGUAUAAAAUUCGGCUAGUGUUGGAACACUUCAAUACGUCAUUUAAAAAUGCCCUCAGGAACACCCGACAGCAGUCAAUUGACGAACACAUGAUAAAACUCAAGGGACAUAAUGUUAUGAAACAUUACGUAAAGAAUAAGACUGUCAAAUGGGGCUUCAAGUUAUGGUUGAGAUGUGAUUCAGCAACAGGUUACCCAUUUGAGUGUGACCUAUAUACAGUAAAUAACUCACAAACGGUCUACAGUAAACUUCAUGACGAGCACAAAGUGGAAGGAAGUCUGUUGACCAGCCUGCAGUUCAGACAAGUUGUGAGUUUGGGAAGUGAUUUUACCGACAGACAAAGAAGUAUUCCAACUUCAAAAACAAGUUUGGUACGAAAAUCUGUAAGACGACAGUUAGGUACCCUCGCAUCCGAUGGAUAA